UCAAUCCAACCAUCCGACUGAUGACUAAUCUCAACACAACAGCCUCUUCUCAACAUCCGUCCAUCCAUCCAUUCCUCUCUGGCUUUGGCAGCUUUGCAAAUUCACUGUCAUUCAUAUACAUGCAUUCAAAUUUCAAACAGCCAGCAGCAGCUUAGUAUCGAGGAGAAAGAAAUCUCUCUCUCUCCCUCAAAAAGUCAAGUGUCAAGUCACCAAUGACCGACUCCUCCAUUUUCUCUACUUUCCACACAAAAAAAAAAAAUACACAAACAGCGACAGAACCCUACAACAUUAGCACCACGCCCCUCUCCAUCUUUCCGUUGAUUUCGCUCUUUUUUGUUCCCACCCAUCCUCAUUCAUUCCGUUUCUGAUAUUAUUCCACUCUCCACCAUCCGCAAUUUCCGCACACCUCCACAAAGAAAAGGUGGAUCAGUCACUAUGGGGAGACCAGAGUUUAGAGUUGCUUUCUUUUCUUGGAGGGUUUUGGCCCCCUGUGCUGUGGACAUCAUAUAAAACCAUUUUAUUGGAUCCUCAGGGUUUGAGCAGCCGAUACUCAAAAUUAUGCUGCAUUGGACCAUUUCUUAAACCUGGUCGGUCUUCGUUUGCGUGGAAAUUCGUCCAAUGCUUCUGAGUCGGUGACGGGUGAAGGUACGUACGGUCUUCGUCUUCUUCUUCUCCUUCAUGGGCUGUGUGACGUCGAAGCAGGCGGUGUCAGUGACGCCGGCUGUCGACCACUCCGGGGCGUUCCGUGACAUUGGGGUGGGGAGCUCAGGGCGGAGCAGGGGGAGUGGGUUGCCGGAAUUGGAGAAGAAGAAGAGGAGGACUGAGUCGGGCUUGAGCGAGAACGAGUUGGGCGGGUCGGGCAGGGUGAGUUCCAAUGGAGGAGCUGAAUCGUUGAGCUUCAGGCUGGGCAACCUACACAAGUACGUGGAAGGAGAACAGGUCGCUGCCGGUUGGCCAGCGUGGCUCAGUGCCGUCGCCGGCGAAGCCAUUCACGGUUGGGUGCCUCUUAGUUCUGACUCAUUUGAGAAGCUGGAAAAGAUAGGACAGGGCACUUAUAGUAGCGUAUUCCGAGCCCGAGAUCUGGGGACUGGGAGGAUAGUUGCUCUGAAGAAGGUUCGAUUUGAUAAUUUUGAGCCUGAAAGUGUCCGGUUUAUGGCACGGGAAAUAUUGAUUUUACGCAGGCUUGACCAUCCUAAUAUCAUCAAACUCGAGGGUUUAAUUACCUCGCGCUUAUCAUGUAGCAUAUACCUUGUAUUCGAGUACAUGGAACAUGACAUUUCUGGACUAUCAUCUUGCCCCGGCGUCAACUUCAGCCAAGCACAGGUUAAGUGCUACAUGAAGCAGCUGUUAUCAGGACUUGAACACUGCCACUCUCGGGGUGUAAUGCAUAGGGACAUUAAGGGUGCAAACCUUCUUGUGAACAAUGAAGGAGUUUUGAAAAUGGCUGACUUUGGAUUGGCAAACUUCUGUAUUUCUGGCCCCAGUGGGAACAAACAACCUCUGACAAGUCGAGUUGUCACUUUAUGGUACCGACCUCCUGAACUUCUUUUGGGUUCCACAGAUUAUGGAGCCGCUGUGGAUCUUUGGAGUGUUGGUUGUGUAUUUGCGGAACUUCUUGUAGGAAGACCCGUACUUCAGGGCAGAACAGAGGUUGAACAAUUACAUAAAAUUUUCAAGCUUUGUGGUUCUCCACCUGACGAUUACUGGAAGAAGUCUAAACUUCCUCAUGCUACUCUUUUUAAACCCCAGCAUCCUUAUGAAAGUAAUCUCUGGGAAACUUUCAAAGAUUUACCAAAAACUGCUGUGAAUCUGAUAGAAACUUUACUCUCAGUGGAGCCAUACAAGCGUGGAACUGCCUCUUCUGCUCUUGCAUCUGAGUAUUUCAGAACCAAGCCCUAUGCCUGCGAGCCAUCAAGCUUGCCAAAAUAUCCCCCAAGUAAAGAGAUUGAUGCCAAACAUCGCGAGGAGGUACAGAGGAAAAGGUCUGGUGGGAGAGUCCGAGGACCAGAAACAAGAACUAAGCUGACUAGAAAACUGAAUGGAAUCAAUAAAUUGGCACCAGCAGAGUCUUUGCCUGCGCAAAUUAAAGGUGCCCAUAAAGGCCACAGUAAUAAAGUAAAUAAUCACAGGGAAGGAGAUACCACAAUGGAGCCACCUAACCCAUCAAUUGAUGUAACAAAAGACAAUUCUCAUGUAAAGAAUGCAUCGCAAGGGGAUGUGCCCUAUCCAGGUCCAUUACAGGUUUCAGGAUCAAGUGGAUUUGCAUGGGCAAAAAGGCGAAUAAAUGACUCAUCAGUGAGAUCACGCAGCAGAUCCAGUUCGAGAAGCCUCGUUUCUGAACCUUCAGGUCAAUUGCACUUGACAAAUAAUUCUGAGUCAAAAAGGCAUGAAAAUGUUGAGGUUUUACUUGGCAGCCGCACUAACUCUAGAGGGGAAGAUUCCUAUGAGACUGUCAAGCAUACAGUGCUAAAAUACUGGAGCCAACUAGAACGUUCGGAUUCUUUUUAUGCUUCUGAUGAGUACCACUCACAAGAAUUGUCACUUGCACUUUAUCAAAGAGAGGAGGAGAUGGCAACUAAGAGAACCAGCUCGGUUUUUCAGGAUCAAGGAGAUAAAGUUGAAUUCUCUGGGCCCUUAUUAUCUCAAUCACGGAGAGUUGAUGAGCUCCUAGAGAGGCAUGAGCGCCACAUCCGCCAAGCUGUGCGGAGAUCUUGGUUCCAGAGAGGUAAGAAACAUGGGAAUUGAGUAAUCUUGGUGGUCUGCUAAGCUCAGGCAGCAGCACCCUUAAUUGGCAUAACCUUGAGGACGCAAAAUAAUCUGUCCGAUCCCUUGGAAGGCUUACUCACAAAUCGUGGAUGGAUGGGUUUCAAUUAGACUUUUGGCUGAAGACUGAAGCGGAGAAACUAACUACAGUGAGUUUUUAGAGAUCAGAGUCAGAGAGACUACCCGACUGCCUGCACAUUAGGAGGGAACUGUGAAGGUCCGUCCGUCCUGCAUCCACAGAGAGCAUUCAUUUUUCAUUUCAACAGGCAAAGGCAGAGGCAAGCAUCGAUCGGUUGCCAAACAUGCAUGUGUUUUCCUAUUCAUUUUCUUAAUUUUAUUAUUCUAAUCAUUUUAGGUGUCCCAAAUAAUAAUUAACCUGCUGGCAACUAAUUAAUGUACAGAACGAAACAAUGAUAUAUACAUACACAUAUAUAGGUGGUCGGUCGUCAGGAUGUCAGUUAUUUAUAUAUCUUCAUCCAUCAUGCAUGGUUGAGCAUGAGGCUUCUAAGCAGCAGCUUCACUUCAUCUGGCUGCUCUUCCACCCCACCCUUCCAUGGGCCAUGGCCAUGGUGAAAAUGAGGCCUUCGUUCCUUGCUUCCUCCCUUCGCACGAUCCAUUACAAUUCCAAUUCCAAUUAGAGUUACUACUUUCGUUUGGUUGGCUCUAAACAAUGUUCUUAAAUCGAAUAGGUAGCAGACGGUCAUGCACUAAACGGUAGGCAUU